GCUGUUUGGUGGGGCGGGCUGGGAAAGCGGGCCCGCCCCAACCAGCGCCCCAACAAACAGAGCCAAUAGACAAACGAGAAGCCGAGAACCAGGGGCGAAGAGGAAGUCUGCAACUUGCGAGACUGACAGAAAAAUGUCCUCAUUGAGAGAGAGAGAAAGGCAGUGUGAGCAAGGUGUAAGCGUAGGUGACAUGUUGAAUCAAAACACUCUCCAGCUCUCUGUCUCAAACCACGUGGCCCUAUUGAGAUGUGUUGUCAUCAAUAAACAGUCAAUGCUACUGCUUUUCCGUUUCACUAAAAACUGGUCUCAUUUCAUUUCCCCCUUCAAAUCUCUCUAUCACAUUGGUUUCCUUCAAGGCUUUCUAGCAGUUGUUGCUGCUGUGAUCAAUCACAAGGCUCUAAGCACAUAAAAAGAUAACAACUUUAAUGGAACCUGUUGCCCCAGAAUCCACUGAUGAGCAUUCAAAGAACCUUUUGAAUAGCUUUUCAGAGAAACCCGAAAAAACCCAACUCUCAGUGAACCAAGAAGGACUCAAACACUCAAACCUCAAUCUUGGUAUUUCAUUGGGUGGGAUUUAUGAUGAGGUUUUGGAAGAAAAGCCUCUUACCCUAUCAUCAUCGGUCGCUGGAUUGAUGAAAAUAAAAUCCGUUGAACUCGGUGUUGUGCCCUCCUUGGAGAGUUCACAAUCAAUGCCGGUUAUGGGAGAGCAGCGGGACUAUGGAAAGACAUUAAAGGGAGAGGGAAUGGUGAUUGAUGCCAAGAAUGGGUUGGAGAAGCAGAGGAGCGCCAGUAACAAUGUUGGAAAGAAAAGGGUUCUCAAUCAAACUGUGGUGAUGCCGUCAUCACCAUCGAAAAUUGCAUCCUGGGCAGUAGCUUCUGCAGUGAAGAACCCUCCAUUGCGCCACGCGUUGGCUAUAAUCAAGGCAGGAGAAGCAUGCAUGGCCCAAAAAAGACUAAGGCUAGGGCUGGAAGCUCAACGUGCAGUGGAGAAUGUAAGGAAGUCUCCAGCAUUUCCUGUUGUUAAAGGUAUCAGUAGUUCUAAGACACCCUCUGCAGCUAAGGAAGGUAGCAAUUCCCAGGCAUCGCCUGAGCAAGAGGAGGUUAAACCGAAAGUCACUUCUGAUGAUGGAAAAUUUGUCAAGCCUGCUGACCGUAAGACUGAAUCAAAAAAGCCCACACUUUCUAAUGGCAUUGCUGAAGAUGAAGCAAUGGAGAUGAUGAGAAAGAUGCCUAGUGUGACUGCUACUGGAGAUGGUCCUAAUGGAAGGAGAAUUGAAGGGUUUCUGUACAACUACUUGAAAGGUGAAGUUACUAUAGUGUGUAUAUGCCAUGGCCGCUUCCUCUCGCCUGAGGAAUUCGUCAGGCAUGCUGGGUGCGCGGAUGUCUCCAACCCAACAAGGCGCAUCAAAAUAUGCCCUUCCAACUUUUAGGGCAUUGUCACUCACCCCCUCUUAAGUGGUAAAGCUUUUUUUCCCUUUCUGCUUUUGGGUAGAAAGAAACUCAAGCUUAGCUGAUUGAGUUCUUUCCUUUUGUUUAAUUUUCACUUGGAAAACUCUUGAAAGUACUCUGUUUGGUUGCAAGAAAACUCUUGAAACAAGCAUCAACAUUUUCUCUGCUUUGCA